AUGGCGGAACGGAGCAGCGCCUGGCCCACGAUUGGCCCUUUCUCCUCUCCCGUCGAGCUCGGGCCCGGUGGCCAAUCAACGCGCGGCUGGCGGGGGCCGCGGGUGGAGGCGGCGGAGAACGGCGAUGCCAUUGGCUGCGCGCGGCGCGAGGAGCGGUUUGAAUCGGCGGCGCCGGCGAUGGUGAAGCACAAACGGCGCCGCCGACGGCCGAGAGGCAAAACCAAAGCCGCCCCGCGGUCACAGCGCCUGGCGCCUCCUUGCGAUUGCGGCGCUGCCGUCCGCCCCGCCUCGGCUCACCUUCCUCCGGUCGCUGCUGCAGCCCGGCCAUCGCUCUGCCCGCUGCCUUUGCCCGCUGUGACACACGUGGUUCAGCCUUUGGCUGCGGUCGCGUCGCUGCUGUUGUGCUGGUGCCGCAGCGCCGUCGCACAGAGUUUCACGGUGGUUAAAGAGGUGAUAUUUCCAUCACAAGUCUACUUAAGGGAGCUAAGUGCAUUCAAAGAGCAGCUGGAAAAGCUGGAAACUGAAUUUUCUAGACUACAAGGAAUACUGCAGAAGAGUGGAAUUACGACUUUGUCUGCAGAAAGCUCUCACUGUCAGAGGUGCAGUAAAACAGUUCUGGGUGCUCCUGUAGAAGUGCAGCCAAACCCUCCAUCAUCAGUUCCUGGGCCUCCUGCAGUGCAGCUGCAGCCUACAGCUGUGCCGCCUCCUCCUCUUCCUCCUCCUCCUCCUCCUCCUCCCCCUCCACCUCUGCCACCACCAAAACUGCCUGCAGCACCUCUCCUCCUCAAACGUGGCAACGGCUCUAAAGCACUGCUGGAGCCAUCGGUAAAAAAAGAUGCACCGAUGCACAUCACUCUCAAAGAUCUCCUGAAUGUAAAGCUAAGGAAGACAGACAGCAGCCUGAAAACAAACAAGGCAGGAUCCCCAGAGAGGACACGCAGGGCAUUGAUUACAGUCUCUGAUUUACAGAGUGUUAAUCUGAGAUCCAAAUCCAAGCCAUCAGCUCACAUUACAAGCUCCUUAACAACCCCACCUAAAAACCAGUUAGAUCUUCGGAAACAUCUUAAGAAAGUCAAUAUACAAAGAAGUCCUGGUGGCACUCCACUAAAUAAAGAAAACACUGAAUGUGGGACUGGGCUGACACCCAUUAUGACACAGGCACUGCGGCGCAAAUUCCAGAUGGCACAUCCGAAGAGCCCCUCACCGGCCCGGCUGAGCGCUGCCAGCACCUUUGAUGAGCACAACAAUUGCACAAAUUCCAAGCAAAGCAGCAGUUAUGCCCUCUGGUGCUCCUGAAGUGAACGUUUACAGUCUUCCACAAACAAUUACAUGGUUAAAAGCACAUGAGACAACUGCAAUAGGUAUCGCUUUGGGGCCAGAUGAGGUCACCUCUGCUAUUAAAGGCUGCACUGCUUGGAGGCGGGCAGCUGAACGCUCCCAGGGCACAGCAACGGAGCUCACUGCCCAGCGUGGACACGGCGUGGCCUUGGGACAGAGCCCUGCUUUACAAGGACUGGGUUUCAGCCGCACUCGGGCCGCUUUCCCAGAGCUUGGCCAUGCAUCUUGCAUGGCUUCUGCCACUGGAGCAUCAUCCCAGAGCUUCGUGGGAGGAGGAAGAGCAGCGGGGCCGUCCUGGGAUCGGGGAUGCUCUGCAGGCAGUUCUGAGACCACCCUAUGAUGAAGCGCUGCCUGACACUCCGCUCCUGCACUGCUUGUGGAAUAAACUCAGCUCGUUUCAAACCGA